GUGGCAGAAGUACCUACGUAUUUAAUAUUUUUUUGACUGGUAAGCUAGUUGAAUUUACUUGACGUUUAGUUUAGGUAUAUACUAUACUUAUGUAUACAAAUAAAUUAGAUUUUUUACCUGGUGGUUAUCAAGGGCGUCCUCGACAAGAAGUUUUAAAAUAAUUCAAGAUUAUAACUACAAGCUUUUAAUCAAAUUCAAUACUUUUUUUUUUAGUAUUGAAAGUAAUAAUCCAAUCAAUCAUUAAGUUUGUUUUAAUUUUCGGGCAUUUCAAGAUGUGGGUUCUCAGGUAGUCCUUGCCAUCCUGUACCCUUUACAUGCAUUUUAUAGAAUUUUUCACGCUUUCUUGUAAUUCUGCACUACCUAAACUUUGCUUAGUGAGGCUGGUGUAGGAAUACGAACACAACUACCUAUUUUCUUCUAUCAAGUAUCAAGUGUGAUAUUUCAGGUUGUAAUUAAAUGAAAAAAAUGUUUUUCUAAUCUUUUUUCGUUAUAAUAUAUGCCCAUAUUUUUAGAAUAAAAAUGGAAUCUGAUAAUUUAAAAUGGCUAACUGUGGUAAUUCUAUUCCUGACAUGGAUUUUUUUUAAAUUUGAAAACUACUUCAAAUCAGUUAUAUUAGCGAUGAAGUUACAAGGACCAGCUACGGUACCUUUUUUUGGAAAUGCCUUGUAUCUCACAGAAGGAGAUGUAAUUCAACGAUUUGCCAACAUUAUCUCCACCCAAUUUCAUGGAUCGAUAAGUAGAAUAUGGUUGUUUUUUAUACCGUUUGUUGUUGUGUAUAAGCCGGAACAUUUGAAAAUUAUUAUGAGCAGCUCUAAGGUAUCAGAAAAAAAUUUUGUGUAUAAAGUUUUGGAGAUCUUUUUUUGUAACGGACUUAUCACAUUAAAAGGUCACGAAUGGAAAAAUCAUCGAAAAAUUAUUCAGCCAUUUUUCCAAACGAAUUUAAUCGAGAACGACUACUAUCAUUCAUUUUUGAAAUAUUCACAAGAUAUUAUCAGUGAACUUGGUGGCCAAAAAUGUGUUAAAAUUCAAAAUAUCACUAACAAAUAUGUGAAAAAAAUUUUGCAUAGAAUCAUCUUAGGUGUUGAUUUAGACUCCGUAGAAGAAACGCCAUUCAAAAAAAUUGAAAAUACUGCCAUAGAAAAGUUAUGGAAACCCUGGAAAACUUUUCAAAAUUCAAACCCUAAUUUGAAACAAUCCAUCCAGAGCAAUUUUUAUGAACGCAAAUCUCAAUUAACCAAAAAUAAUUGCCUUUUGGACAAAUUAAUUGAAAAAGUCGAAACUAGUGAAUUUACAGAAGAUGAGGCUAUUAAUGAAGCAAUCACGUUUUUAAUAGCGGGCUAUGAGACAAUAGCAAUUACACUUAUAGCUUGCUUAUAUUACUUAGCAAAAAAUCAGAAUAUUCAGGAAAAAGUAUACCAGGAAAUUCAGGACGCAACUUCAAAUGGAACUUGCAAUAAUAUUACAGUGGAACAUAUUAAUAAAAUGCAUUAUUUGGGCCAAUGUGUCAAAGAAACUUUACGAAUAAUGCCUCCAAUACCAUUAUUGACAAGAGUAUUAAAUUCAGAUAUAACUUUAGAUAACUACACAAUACCUUCUGGAACAAAUAUAUUGAUGUCACCUUUAGUAACACAUAGAGUACAAGAAACAUUUCCUGAUCCCUUGAAAUAUGAUCCUGAUAGGUUUUCUAAAGAAAAUAUAGAUAAACUACCUCCGUAUAGUUACAUACCAUUUAGUAUAGGAUCUAGAAAUUGCAUAGCACAUAAAUAUGCCUAUUUGGAACUAAAAACCAUUAUAGCAUGCAUAUUAAAAGAAUAUCACAUUGAGCUUAAGGAAGCCUAUAAUGACCUGUCUUUUGGCUACAGAGUUGCCAUGACCAUAAAGGGAGGAGUGUGGUUCAAUAUAAAUCCUAGAAAAAACAUUGUUAAAUAAAUUUGUGCAUAUAAA